UAUUUGAAGGGAAUAUGUACCAUUCAUCCACCUAGUUGUUGUGGAUGCCACUUUCUUUCUUUUGUCGGUGGCGAUUAUAUUGAUGGUUCUUGUCGUAAUCAGAUUGAUUAGAAACAUAAACAAACAAGUAACAUGGAAUUAAUUUUAACGAGAAGGUGAAUACAAGCAUAAACAAACAUGGCAUUACAUAUGAAAUUGAGGGGUGACAAUGUUGCCAAAUGCCAAUUAGUAUGAAGUAUGAAGCUUAAAUUAGUUUUAGGACCGUGGCAUGCACAUCGGCAUCAUGACAGUUCUAUUUUUCAAGAUAGAGAUGUCAAAAUCAACAGGGUAUGUAUACUGAACUGAUCAAGAACUUGAUAAAUAAUAACUUGAGUGUCAAUGAGCGAGUCGACAAAACAAAUAUAGAAUGCAUACAAAUAGUGGUCAACUGUGUGAUAAUGUUGUUCAACCUCCAAAAAUUCCCUUCUCUAUGGUCUAUUGGGCUUCUUGAAGAAAAUAGACCGUCUCCAAGGUUUCAUGCAUAUGAAUUGAGGGAGUCUUGGUCAUUUCAUAUUUCUAUUUCAGCUUUAGGGUUUGUGGCUUUUUCCCUCUCAUUUGUUUAUUUAUCCAAUCACUACCGGCCUAAAUUCUUUUCUUGCCGUGAAGAAUACUACCACUUCCGUGAUGCAACCACGACGAGCCUCCCGUUUCAAGACACUUUUCAAUAAUGGAAUGAGAGGUGUACGGAUGCUUUGUAAAUCUACUAGAGAUACUUUACAUUUCAGUAUGGCUAUGAAAUGGUUUAUUUGUCGACAUCUAAUGUUAUGAGUGCAAGAUAUUAAGUAAUCAAGUAGCACGAUGCACAUGUAGCAAAUAGUCACUUUAUUCUAUUUCGUUGUGCUCUGCUAUUGUCCAAUCCGCUUUUUGAUUUAUGAAAAAUCUUACAUCAAAGUUUUCUUGUUUCCUAUUUCAGGGAGGUGGCACUCAAGGGAGAUGAUCCAAAUAAGAAGAGUAGAGUUUUGGUAACGAAAGUCCGAAACGCCUCAACGAUUGCCAACUAUCAAGACAUAUAUUUUAUGUUUUUGCUAGUAUUAUGCUAUACCCAAUGGAGAUGGAAGUGUGUCAAAUUAAAAUUUGACAUAUAAUUUUUUUUUUUUUUUUUUUUAUAUAGAAGAUGAUCAAAUGAUUUCACUCCUACCCCCAUGGUGACUCGAACCCAUGACUUCGUACAUAAGUAGUGCUCUAACCACUGAGCUAACACCACAUCGUCAAAUUUGUAUAUUGUGUCAAAUUUAGAUCACUGAAAAAUAUUAGCAGUUCACUUCUCAAUCUCACAACACGAACGCAUCUACUUAAAUUGCCUUGAACCCCAAGCUAUAGAGGUGGACAACAAGCUAGUCUAGGCUGACUAGGUAAGACGAGAUCAUUCCUUAAACAAUUAAAUUAGGAAAGUCCAGUUCCACACACACAAAUAAUCUCAUCUUCAGUCCAUUAUCCUACUACAAAUAGGUAAAGCUUCUUUCUAUGUAUCCUACUACACAUAGGUAAAGCUUCUUUCUAUAUAUUCUAAUCUCACAAGUUCGCUCCCUAAGAAUUUUCAAGAAUCGGAUUCAGCUUCAAUGGAUUGCAGGACCUUGGAAAUAAGGCUGUUAUCGGCUGAACAGAUCAAGAACGUCAACAACUUCUCCACGAUGGACGUCUACGCCGUCGUUUCAGUCUCCGGCGGAGCCGACAAGCACAAGUUCAUCACACCCAUCCACAAAAACUGCGGCACCCACCCCAGAUGGAACAACCCCCCCUUCACUUUCACGCUCGACGACGCCGCUCUUAACCAGAACCGCCUCACACUUAAGAUCAAGCUCAUCUCCGACCGAAUCCUCAAGGAAACCAAGAUCGGAAAGGCCGUCAUUCCGGUGAGUCAGCUGCUAGAAAAUAGUGGCAAGGACAACCUCCCGUACGUGACCUACACGGUUUUAAGGCCCAAGGAGAAACCCCAAGGCAACGUCACUUUUGUUUACAAGUUCGGCGAGAAAUUUUGGGCUCCUCUUCCCGUUCAGCCCAAGGCCCAAAAGGAGGUUCUCGAGCAGCCAAGGAGUUUGAUGUCCAUGCCACAGCCGCAGGCCGAGUAUGAGUACUCGUCACUUUUGCAUUUGAGUUAUGGGUAUCCGUUACAGUCGCAAGCCGAGUACGAGUACUCGUCGAUUGUGCAACAAGGUUACGGGUACCCGAUACAAUAAUCCGGUCACAGGUACACCGUACCCCUCACACUCUCACAGUAACCGGACUAUUAGGGUGGGUUGUUGGUUGGUGACGUGGUUUCUGAUGUGGGGGACAUGGCUGCUUGUGAUGCUGGUUAUAUUGAUGGGUUCAGAGAUGACUUUUUUGAUUUCCAGAAAUUUUAC